AUGAUUACUAUUUUCUUCCUCGCUGAAAUGAUCAGCAUCAUCCCCAUCACUGCCAUCCUCCUCUUCAUCUAUUCCAAGCUUGUUUCCUCUCACCAGUCAAGCCAUGGACAGGACGGUUGUGGCCACGCUGUUCUAAUAACGGGCUGUGACAGUGGCUUCGGGCACCAGCUGGCUCGUUGUUUGGACCAGAAGGGGUUUGUGGUCUUUGCUGGGUGUUUGUGUCCAGAAGGAGCCGGAGCCCAGAGCCUGGCCAGACAGAGCUCCAGUAAUCUGAAAAUCCUCAAGCUGGAUGUCACCAGUGAUGAAGAGGUGCAGCAGGCGAAGAAGGUGGUGCUAGAGAACCUGCCAAAGAAAGGUCUGUGGGCGGUUGUGAACAAUGCUGGAAUCUCAGACUGGGCCGAGAUCGAAUGGAGCACUAUUGAAGAUUUCCGUAACAUGGUGGAUGUCAACCUGUUUGGCUGCAUCAGGACAUCUAUCGCUUUUCUACCUCUGGUUCGUGCCACAAAAGGUCGGAUUGUUUUUGUGUCAAGCAUCUUUUCCUUCUUCUACUGCCUGAAUAUGGGAGCGUACAGUGUGUCAAAGAGAGGACUGGAGGCGUUUGCUGACUGCUUAAGAGUGGAAAUGGCUAGUUUUGGCGUGAAGGUCAGCAUCAUACAGCCGGGCAAUUUUGGCCAAGCCACCAACAUCCUGAAGAGGAAAACUAGUUCGGACAUCUGGAAUAAACUGGAUGAUGAGAAAAAGCGAAUCUUUGGCAGAGAGUACAUUGAGCUGGCCAAUGACUACUUCACGUCAACAUGCAGGGUGGGAUUCAAGGACGCCGAGCCCGUCGUCGCCGCAAUGCUGCACGCAGUCACGUCUGCUCAUCCCAAACACAGAUACCUGCUGGUCUCCGUCAUGGAGAUGUUCUUCUUCAGGAUCUUCCCAUUUCUUCCCACCAUCCUCGCUGAUGCCAUGUUUUCUCUCAGCUCCAUGUACGCACAGAGAAAAGAAAUGCUUUAUGCCAAAUGA